CCUUUUAUUGCCUUCCUUCCUCUUCUGGAACAAAAGUGACAAGAGCAUCUCUUUGAUCCAAUCAAGCAAUCACUGAUGGGGAAGGUAAGAAAUUAUUUAGGAAGUCUAUAUGAAGAUAAUGGCGAUAAGCCCUCUUCGCUCACCUUCUUUCUUUUUGCCGAUCGGAGAUCUCCAAUCAAUUGCAAGAUCUGCUAUUCAGAAACGCAUGCAGAACCACAAGAAGCUCUCCGUCGCCUCUCUCUCUCUCUCUAAAAACAGAGAUGAUUGAUAGUAGCCCAAAUAAACAGAUCUUGAUGUCCUAAGAGUUCCAUUUCCUCUUCUUCCAUCUACAGAAGGAAAGCCCUAUUUUACUUUUGUGAACUGAUUCGUCUUUUUUUGCUGCUGCUCUCGCUCUUCAUGAAAAGCCCAACAUUUUCUUUGUAUACUCUGCCUCUACUCUCUGUAUCGCUCAACUAAUAAGCUCCAAGAUCAGCAUUUUUCUGCAAUUAUUCUUCUCUCUCUAGAUGUAGUCCACCCAUGAAAGCAUACGAAUUUGAUUGUUUCAACCAAAGUCGUGCUCUUCCAUAAAUAAUUCGCGCUCUCGGAAAAAAGAAUUCGCGAAUUAUGGGCGCUCUUUUUCUGAUCCGCGGUUUGCCGCUCUAAUUCGGGAGCGUGGGCACCAAACCCACGAAUUGGGUAACAUAAAUCUGGCCAUAUCCCAUGAGAAAUUCAACUUUCUUUCUCCAAUUUUGACUCUCGGUUUAGUUGGGUUAAACCUUAAAUCAAUUAAAAACUUCAAAAGCUGCGAAAGAUCAAAGCUUUGUUGGAAGAGUCGAGAAGGGAAGCAGCCACAGGGCAAAGAAGAAUUGCGGGGCAGAAGCAAAGAUGGCUAUGCAAACUGCAGCCGUCUCUUCCAAAGUACUCAUUCUUGUUGGCGCCGGCGCAGGUUUGACAAGUUCGAUCAUAUUGAAGAACGGAAGAUUAUCUGAGGUGAUUGCCCAGCUGCAGGAAUUGCUCAAGGGUGUUCAAGAUGCUGAAACGUCGCCGUAUAGAUACGAUACUGCUGUCCUUGCAGCCCAGAUUCGUCAGUUGGCUCAAGAGAUAAAGGAGAUAUCCAUGAACAAUCCUGUAACCAUCUUCAAUGGGAAUUAUGAAAGUGGAAGCUUGGCAUCUUAUGUUAUGCCGGCUGCUGCACUAGGAGCGAUGGGCUAUUGUUACAUGUUGUGGAAGGCAUGUUUCUUACUGCCGAACAAAAAAACCCAUUCUUUUGGACCUUGUUCUUCUUAUAAUUACACCCGCAAGGGGUGGUCAUUGUCAGAUGUAAUGUUUGUGACGAAGCACAAUAUGCAAAAUGCUGUUGCAUCUGUUUCUAAACAAUUGGAACAUCUAUCUGAGUCCCUUGCCAAUACGAAGAAGCAUCUAACCAAAAGGUUGGAAAACUUGGAUUGGAAAAUGGACGAGCAGAUGGAGUCAUCUAAUCAAAUUGCUAGUAAUGUAGGUGAAAUGAAUUCUAACCUUUCAGAAAUUGGAUUCAAUGUUGGGACAAUUCAUCAAAUGAUAGCUGGCCUGGAAGGAAAACUCGAGCUUCUGGAAAGCAAACAGGAUGCAACAAACUCAGGUAUUUUGUACUUAUGCCAAGUUGCUCAAGGCAUGAAAGAUGGGUUUGGUAGAAAAGUAUCCAAGGAACUUGGUGCCAAGGUUGCCAACCUUGUGCUGACCAACGGUGAAGAAAUAUCUCUCAAGGGCCUCCAGUUUCUCGUUGAGGAGGACUCCAUGUUCAGAGCCAGUAAGCCGAUAGAAAAGGUAAAGACAGCUGAUCCUGACAUCACCAGCCUCCCAGGCGAAAAAUUGACAAGCACAAGACCAGGAUUCAUUCACAGGACAUACCCAGUUGGGCUGUCAGGUUUUGGCACUGGAGCUUGAGAAGCCACCAUCUUCAAAAGAUUGAUCGUGUAUAAUUUUGUACACUUGAGUUUUCACAUUGGUUCAGAUUAUCACAUUUUGCAUUCAUCUGCUCCAUUAUUUCAUUGGAAAGAAAGGAUUCUAUGGACGGUAUGAUGUAUGAUGGUAUUGGAAGUUUGUAACACAGGAGAGGGAAAAUAGCGAGGGCAUAUAGAAAUAAGUCGGUACUUGGAACAUGGAAGAGCGCCAUCGAUGAAACUUAGAGAACUAGUUCAAGAGUUUGUAAUAGUUGUUGUAUACUUGUGUGCAUGGA